AUGCCUACAUCUCAUCAAUUGAUUCGUCAUGGUAGAGAAGAAAAACGGCGCACGGACCGUACUCGAGCUUUGGAUAAAUGUCCCCAGAAGCAAGGAGUAUGCCCGCGUGUUUCAACGAGAACACCGAAAAAACCUAAUUCCACUCCACGUAAGAUAGCCAAAGUACGGUUAAGCAAUCGACAUGAUAUAUUUGCUCACAUUCCGGGCGAAGGUCAUAAUUCGCAGGAACAUUCGCAGUAUCGGUCAGUCGAUGGAACAAUCACAACGUUACGCCCCAAAAUCAAACUAUAUGGAGCCGUUACGAAUGACCAUAAUGGAGUCUACUACACUAGCCAAGAAAGAGUGCAUUUGACUCACUUCGCCCGUGGAGGUGGCAGAGGAAGCCUAAGGCAUGCCCGGGCUAGUGUAACUGAUCUCGCUACUCAAUCCAUAUCGUCAGUUAUAUGGUUGCUUCAUCCAAGAGAGGGGAAAAGAAUGAGAAAAGUGACAGUGGAAGGAGGGAAAGCUCCUUAUUUUACCCGUUCUAAAAGAAGCUCGAUUAAGCAGGAAGACCUUUGUCUUCCGCGUGCCUUAUUCCACCCUCAAAAAACGAUUUUCGUAGUUUAUCAGCCCGUCUUGCCUCACACUUCUACUUCAGGAGCUUGCCUUGAGGGCGUUCCUCUCAGUCGAGAGACUGGCGUUCCUCGAGGAGUACAAGCCAAAAGGUGCCAUAGUCGUCGCAAAGGUUCAAGCAAGGAGGAAGUAGGUCUCAAAAGAAAAAGGGGGAGGUUUCAGAAUUCCCAAGCGCCUAGUCAGUUGAAGGUGAAAGGUGAGCUACGGUGUCCCAAACCACAAGCAAAGGUUCUAGGAGUAGAGAUCUCGUCUCUGCAGGUUCAGAGCUCCUAUCUCCGUACCGAGCAAAGCGCAGUUGAUGGUUCCUUCUUUCCAUUCCUUGGGAAUGGUGUCCGUGCUACUGAAUCCCCCAUUCAUCUGCUGUGGUCUCCCCCUGACCUGGGGGGAAGGGCUCGCAUCAGAGGGGCUCUCACCUCUGUGCAGCAAAUCGAGGUCUCGACGACGAGCCUCUGCCGAUUGGACCCGGGGACCUAA